CUGCCACAUACAACUUUGGCCCCAUGGUGGGUUAUUUAGCAUUGCUGACAUAAACAGUUUCCACUGUAUCAUUUUCUUGGUUCUCUCCAGAAUGUCGUGCGUGUAUGAAAUUUGUUUUUCUCAAUUACUUUCUGUCCCGGAAUUUUUUUCACACACCCCUCCAAUUUGAAAUACUAUUGAGAAACUGCUAUAUUAAUGUAUUUAUCUGUACAAACCACCGUAUAAGUUGCUUGCACUAGCAUCAUUUAUUCAGGAAUGAAUGAUCGUCACAACUUUGAAGAAAUGUUUUGACUAUACUUCCAUAACGUUUCCCUCAAAGUGCAUCUGCAGCACUACGAGAGAAACACUAGCAUAUGGUAUGUUUCGUAUUUUUUCCUAUGUAUCCUAUAUGUAUGUUGCAUAUACUAUCAGUCAGGAAAUGACUGGGCAAUAUGACAACAUGAGGAUGAUAGAUAGUUCAUGACAGACUGCAGACGAGGAACCAGCUCAAACACGAUUACAUUGCAGAGUAAAACAAAGAGAAGAAGCACCAGUGACCCGGACGACUCUGGUUUGAAGCCCAUCCGAGCUCACAGGAUGAGUUCUUCCAGCCCUCGUGGAUCCACCUGCGUCCUGACGUGGACUCUCUGUGGCCAAAAGGAGGAUAAAUGAGUCGUGAAAACCGAAGAGCCUGCACUGUGUCUGCCUGAAGGAUGCUUGCUGCCUGCUGGGCGAUGUACUAUAUGCAGUAGGUAUUGAUGUCAGUUAAGCAGUUGGUGAAGGUGGAGUAGAUGUUGGAGUUGAUGGAGGUGGUGAAGAUGUAAAGCUGAAUAUCAUCUGCGUCGCUGUGCAAAUUGAGGCCAUGACGACGGAUGAUUUUGACAAGGAUGUAGAGGAUGAAGAGGAGAGGACCAAGGGGGAAAAAGGGGACCACCAUCCUGGUCUGCUAGUCCAGAGGUAAUGUCGCCGACUUGUACUCGAUUUUGAAGUGCGUCUAUGUUUUUUAACUACCCCGGAUACCUCAGCCACGGUGAUGGAACGGUCCUCACACUGUAUGUCAAUGGCUUUGAGAAGGUCCUCAAAGUAUCCCUUCCACCGUCCAACUAAUACUGGAUGUAUGUAUUUGUGAAUCAUGAAUCAUGACACACAAAAGGCUCAAAUUAUGUCAGAACAUGCAAACAAAGUGUGCAGCCUUUUGUACUUUUCUGUACAAAAACAAGCAGGGUGAAGCACAUAUUCUAAGACCUUCAACAACUGGUGUUCUGAGAACAACAUGAGAAGUUUACAUGAUGACCUCGGUUUGUAUUUUAAUAGGAAAAACUGGCUUGAAAUCAAAAAAUUGUGCUUCUCCUGUGAUGUAAAUUCACACUCCAUUUCUGUUGGCAAAUUGACACUUUCUGACAGCAGCUAGGGAAAUUCAAUUUGACUCUCUUGUGGUAAAAUCCACUGUUUUGUUAUCUCCGCUUACACCGCACACAUGUUCUUGCUUUUUGUUAACGUCAUUAUUUCAAAUGUGUUUUCCAAGGCUAGCAACAGUAUAAUUAUAUUGUAUGGAAAUACCUUUUAGGGAAGAAAUGGCUUAAUAUUACAGUCAAAGGUCUGGACUCCAAUUCCCAUUCAAUAACAUACUUUUGACACAUACUUUAUGUGUAUUUACGAUGAAUUUCACAGACAAAGUUGAACUUGGUUGACGUCAAUUUAACAAUUUGUCCAACAGGAAGUCAUGUAAAUAGAAGUCAGAAUGUUUUACAAAAUGACAUUACAAAAUAGAAGUUGUCCCUUGAUGUGAUUUUUGUGUUGGCACCGUGAUUGAGGUCGUGUUCUGUGUAUCGAACCUCUGCUCAUUUACAGGAAAGUCACUUCACAAUAAGCGUUGAUGUCAUUUCCAGACUCCAACUGUAUGUCAUGUGAAUGUGUCCUUUUAACUCAUGGAGGUACACACCGGAUACCGUAUCUAGUACAUGUAUGCUGUCUGUGUAUAAAAAUACGUGUGACUCUUCUUACCAGAAGAAAAGCUGGGCUGACAAAUUUCCAGCACAGCCUCCAGUAGAGUCCUGGCUUGAAUCCCAUCAUUCGCUCGAUAUCUUCGCUGAAGCGGUCCACACCUAAAACAAGUCAAAGCUCAGGCUCAGUCCAAGCUGUGUGUAGUCCUUCAAGGCAAGUAUCCUAAAUAACAACCAUCAAAACCCCUUCUGAUCUCAGCUGACAUAAUGAAUUGUUUGGCUGACUAUUCCUAAUAAUCCUUACAAAUACUCGCUUUGAUUUCCAUCCUCUUGCCUCAAAUUUUAAUUCCACUGAGGCACUUUUUUAUGAGAAAUCUAAACUGAUAAUGAUAUGAUUUAAAACCAAGAGGCAAUAUUUUACUCCAUAACAGCCAUGACCAAAUACUGGACCUCGGUCUUGAUCUGGACGCAGUAAUGACCCUUGGUAGACCGACCGAUCGCAGUGGCAGGUGGCAGGUGAAAUUACUUCAAUUAUUACGUGACGUCACUUGUUCGUUCCUUCGUUCCUUCCUUCCUGACUUCCUUCCUUCCUUCCUUCCAUCCAUCCAUCCAUCAGUUUAUGGAGAAAACCGAACAAUCAAUUAUUACGUGACGUCACUCGUUCCUUCCUUCCUUCCUUCCUUCCUUCCUUCAUUACUUCCUUCCUUCCAUCCAUCCAUCCAUCAGUUUAUCGAGAAAAUCGAACAAUUAUUACAUGAUGUCACUCAUUCCUUCCUUCCUUCCUUCCUUCCUUCCUUCCUUCCUUCCUUCCUUCCUUCCUUCCUUCCUUCCUUCCUUCCUUCCUUCCUUCCUUCCUUCCUUCCUUCCAUCCAUCCAUCCAUCCAUCCAUCGAUCAGUUUAUCGAGAAAACCGAACAAUCAAUUAUUACAUGACGUCACUCAUUCCUUCCUUCUUUCCUUCCUUCCUUCCUUCCUUCCUUCCAUCCAUCCAUCCAUCCAUCCAUCAGUUUAUCGAGAAAACCGAACAAUCAAUUAUUACGUGAUGUCACUCGUUCGUUCCUUCCUUCCUUCCUAUCUUCCUUCCUUCCAUUCAUCCAUCCAUCCAUCAGUUUAUCGAGAAAACCGAACAAGCAAUUAUUACGUGACGUCACUCGUUCUUUCCUUCCUUCCUUCCUUCCUUCCUAUCUUCCUUCCUUCCAUCCAUCCAUCGAUCAGUUUAUCGAGAAAACCGAACAAUCAAUUAUUACGUGACAUCACUCAUUCCUUCCUUCCUUCCUUCCUUCCAUCCAUCCAUCCAUCCAUCAGUUUAUUGAGAAAACCGAACAAGCAAUUAUUACGUGACGUCACUCAUUCGUUCGUUCGUUCGUUCGUUCGUUCGUUCGUUCGUUCCUUCCUUCCUUCCUUCCUUCCUUCCUUCCUUCCUUCCUUCCUUCCUUCCUUCCUUCCAUCCAUCAGUUUAUCGAGAAAACCGAACAAUCAAUUAUUACGUGACGUCACUCAUUCGUUCCUUCGUUCCUUCCUGCCUUCCUUCCAUCCAUCCAUCCAUCCAUCAGUUUAUCGAGAAAACCGAACAUUUCAAAGUGAAAGGACGGACCAGUAUAUGUUGAUCCACCGUGCAGUUUUAUUCUAAUUAGUCCAUAUAAGCUUUCAGCGUUCCAGAACGCUAAUAAGGACAAGUAUAGAAAACGGAUGGAUGGAUAUUCCACAUAGAAACGCUUCAUAUAUGAUGUAUGUAUUACAUACAUCACCAUCACCAGUCCUGCAAAAAUAAAACUGAAUUAAAGAAUUUCCCUUCAAGCAUCUUCAUUCAGCCUUUCCGUGAGUAUUACAGCAACAUAGCCAAAGAGUCACAGAAGUUGAAGUGGAAAGAAAAAAAAAAAACUAGUUUAGGUGAUUAAGCAAAUUCAAUCACUGAUAGAAAGGAGGCACCGCAGCAGGGACAUUUAAAAGCCUGAUUAGAUUCAAUCGUUAUUUCAUUUGCCAAUCAAGACCCCAAUUUUACCAUUAAAGCAACAUUUUAAAAUAUACAGCACCAGUCAAAAGUUUAGAUUAAACGUCUCGUUUGAAUGUUUAUACCCACAGUGUCCUUAUGUAGAUUCCACCAAUCAAAUAAUUGCAAUUGGCUGUAUUUAUUUAUCGCACCUAUUUAACGUCA